GCCACACACCCCACACCAUCUUCACCUGCCUCAGACUGGAGCCGCCCGGAGUGGUCCUGCGGCCCAGCUCCCCUCCCGCCUUCUAGACCAUUCAGACUGCCGGGCUUGAGGGCCGUGGCUACUGGCAAACACUGCCAUGGGAAUCCACCCAUAUUCACACUCGAUGACUUCUUGGCCUUCCCGCCCUUUGACCCCGUUUCCCAGAUAAAGUGGCUGAGGCAAGCUGUGCUCUCACGCUGCAACUAUGGUAAUCUUGUGCGCAUGCUGGCAUCCACGCUGGAGAAGGGCCAUUGCGGACACAGCAAGCACAGGGAGGUCACGGACGUUGUUAUUUCCGUGCAGGGCAUCCCAGCCGCGCCACCUGCACGUGUCCCUAAACUUCAGCUCCUUCUGGAAAUAAGGGCCUUUAUCCAGGAACAUAUGGCAGCUCUGACCAUUGGCACCCUUGAUGAUGAUGAACUUAGGGAGAAAUGGAAUACAGAGAAAUCUCAGCAUCUUCAAUCAAAAUGGGAACCACACGUCAAGGAAUCACCAAUUCAGCCAGCCGUCGGGCUUGUGCUGCACGCUGUGCCAGCAGGCAGCUUCCAGGGCGAGGCGCGCAGCCGCUCGCCCUUCAGCACCGUCAUCAGCCCUGCUGAGCUCGCCGUGCUGCACUGCUUACUGCAGGGCGGCACCACGCUCAGCCUCAAGGCACAUUUCAUCGACAGCUUACCAGGCCUGUCACCGCUGAUGGACACUUUGGUUUACCUCAACCUGUCCUAUAAUAAUCUGCGAAGCUUACCACACGAGCUGCUUGAACUUGGUGGACUGGAAGUGCUGAAGCUGCGGAACAACCCGCUGAGCGGGCUGCCCCAACAGCUGGCCGGCCUGUCGCAUCUACACACACUGGUGCUCUCCUUUUGCCUGUUCACCUCACUGCCCCAGAGUGUCUACAACCUGCCCAACUUAAGAAUGUUGGACGUAUCAUAUAACAGCAUCACUUCUCUCAGUGAGGAUAUAAAAAAAUUAAGGUUUCUUGAGUGCCUAAACAUAGAAGGGAAUCACUUGACAGAGCUCCCAGCCAGCUUCCUCUCGCUCCAUUUGCGCGAGUUCCAAGCAAACAACACCUUCUUGUUUGCCGGUUUGUCCAAAGAAGGCCUGGCAGAUGGAAUAAUACCCCAGCGUCUGGCUGACCUGGCAGCCACUGCAGUGUCUUGCAUGCAGAGGGUCCAUGUUCACACCCUGCCGCAGGCUGCAGCACUCGCUCAACGCAGAGCCGGCGAGUGCGACGUCUGCUGCGGUCCACGUUUUGGUGCAGGCCUGCGUGUUCUGCGGUCCGUUUCUCAAGUGUUCGGCGUUCGAGGCCUCAUCUUCUCCUUCUGCUGCUGCUCCACGAUGUGUCAGCACUGGCUGCUGGCACAGCGCAGUGCUGUGACGUUUCCUGUGUGCCUGACGCACAGGAACUCUGACCCACAGUAAGAUUCUCCACAAUAGGAAACCGAGUUCCAUCUGCACAUAAGUCUGUUAGCUCCACCUCCAAUUAGCACGAUUGGCUAUGUACGGUGCGAAAUAAGUUCAACAUGCAUCCAUAACUGGAGCUUGUCAACCUUCAAAGGAUUAAUAUACAGUGAAACCUUGGAUUGCGAGCAUAAUUAGUUCCGGAAACGUGCUCGUAAUCUAAAGCACUCUAUAUCAAAGCGAAUUUCCCCAUAAGAAAUAAUGGAUAUUCAGAUUAAUUGUUCCACAACCCAAAAAUAUUCAGAAAAAAUUAUUAAUACAAAAUACUGUACCUUUUUAUAUUUUUAUUUAAAUUUAAUAUAAAGUAAUCAAAUGUAUUUGUAGUGCUGAACUUUACGCGGACAACUUCUUCCUUUUCUGUCGUCACUUUAUUUUGUCCAACACAGCACAUUUCGCCACCAUCCUUUAGCGCGUUCUCCGCUCGCUCACCGCGCUCCGCAGGCCUCGCUCACUCCGUUCCUCCCUCUCUCCGUCUCUCCCGACUCUCUUCUCUGCUUCCCCGUCCCACUCCAGCCGUCGCUCUCUCUCGGCUUCUCCAUCUCACUCCGACUGUUACUCUCGUUCAGCUUCUCCGUCUCUACUGCUACCCUAUACUUCUUCUUCCACUCCACUGCUACUCUACACUUCUUCAACUCCACUACUACCCUACACUUCUCCACUGCUACUUUAUACUUUUUCUUCUACUCCACUGCUACCCUACACUUCUUCUACUCCACUGCUACUCUACACUUCUUCUUCUACUCCACUGCUACCCUACACUUCUUCUUCUACUCUACUGCUACCCUACACUUAAAUUUCGAUUUAAAGCUUUCGUGACUGCAGGGAUUCAUCUUCUUGGUUCUUUCGGUAAAGUCACGUAGAAGGGAAAUAAUAAAAUAAUAAAAAUAAAACAAUAAAAUACAAUUCUCAUGACGUUUCGGCCACAAUGCAAGCAGCCGUCCUCAGGUGAGGAACAGGUCUGUCGGAAAGACAGCGUCUGAAUGAACACCACUAAGCUUGGCAGCGUAUAUUUAAGCUGGGUUAGAGGAGGAAGGGCGCCUUGACAAAGGAAUUUCCUUUUCUGUCGUCACUUUACCCUACACUUCUUUUUCUCCACUGCUAUUCUGCGCUUCUUCUUCCGCUCCGACCGACUCCGUCCAGCUCCCAGCACAACUCCCCAUCUUGCUCUGACGGUCCCCUAUUUAUCCCCCUCUUUUUUCGAUUUAAAGCUUUCGUGACUGCAGGGAUUCAUCUUCUUGGUUCUUUCGGUAAAGUCACGUAC